AACAUGGUUAGUACCUGGCUGUGUUGUGGGAUAAUCUGAUUGGUAGGUUAGAUUAUGGGAUGAUCUGAUUGGUGGUGAGGGUGCAGCAGAAGGAGGAUGCUGAGGGGCAGUACCUGAGGAGCAGCAGCAGGGGGCGUCGUGGCGUGAGGCUGAAGCAGAGGAACUACAUGACUGAAGUGGGUGAUAGAAGCCAAGAGUGCAGGAUUAUGACGACAGGAUAGCGACAACUAAAAUAUAAAUAUAGCAGAAGGAAAUACAUGAACAGCCAGUAAAAGCCGACAUCCUUCCUCAAAAUGUUAAAGAAGGGAAAUUUUGAGGAUAGAUGAGAAACUCAAGAUUUCCAAGAGGACACUGAUAUGCUGUGAUGAAACUGGGCUCAGUCUUAUAGAACAGGCACAUGCCGGGCAGCACUUCAAAGGACCUUAAGGGUCUGAGCCUGAAUGCUGAGACGUGGCCAGUGAGGUCAUAGAGCUGAAGAUGUUGAGGUUUGUGGUGAUGCUGAGUUGGCUGUGGAGGUGGGGGGGUGUCAGCCAGAUGAAGACCCCCCCCCACCACCCCCGGGCAGGUAGGUGUCAGUCAGCACACAGGAACUUCACAAUCAGUUCUGCUUCCUUCCUGAGAGGUGGAGUGGGGUCAUGGGAAGGUCACCACCAGUCACCGCAUGGAACAAGUCCCGAAGCCGGCUAUGAAGUCACCAAUUUUCACAACACAUUCUGCAAGUCAGAGCAAACUACCCCACCGCACCCACAGAAGCCCGCCUGCUCCACGGCCGACAAAUCAUGGCAGGCAUGGAUUCCUGGAUCUUACAUGCUCUCCUCGUGGCUGGGCUGGUGAUACACGGGUCCAAUGCUUAUGCUUUGCCCGACAUUCAGGAAAACACUGAGGAUAUAGAUGAUGGACUGUAUAAGUUCUAUGAAGUUGGCGACAACAGCGGCGACAACAGCGGCGACAACAGCGGCGACAACAGCGAAUCACCAGCUACCACCAGUGUCACCAGCCUCGAGGCCACUCCCCCUAAGCAUAGCCCCACCCCCAACCUGAGCCCUGGGGGUAAGUCACACACUGGCUGGCUGCUGCUGGCUCUGGGAAUCGUGCUGUUGAUCUGUACGGCGCUGCUGGUGUCCACCAUCACGCUGGCCUGCCAGGUCUGGAAGCUCCACAACCAGCUCAGCUCAGUCUGCCCAGCCCACCCACCCCGUGUAAAUGCCGACGUGAUCAGGGUCGGGAAGCCCAGGGAGGUGAUGGAGACCGAGAGGGAGAAGAUGAUGGAGGAGGCCGAGAACACGGCGGAGAAAACGCUUCGCGUGGAUGCUGACGUCCAGGAGACAGGAGCCGCUGUCGACCCCACAGCUCCCCCUGCUGACCCCUCCUCAGACUGCGUCCUGAAUGUCUGACCCCACAGCUCCCCCUGCUGACCCCU